AUGCCACAUGAUUUGAAAAGUUUUUGGGCUUGGAAUGAAAAGGGAUUAACAGAAUAUAAAGAACAUUUUCUGGGAUUCAAAUUCUCCUUUCUUAUGGCCGAAGCUAUAAUGUGUCAUUACAAUCAAAAUGUUUUGACUUUUAGCUUUCGUCGCAACACUAAAACCCUUAUACAUUUGGUGCUACAAGUUUUGGGUGGAGGAAUUGGCAUUGCAGGUGUUCUCAUCCAAUUAAUACAUGACAAAUUCGAUCUGUUCAAUGUUCAUGCAAAAUUAGGUUUUGCUGCUUUUAUUUUAUGUUUAAUCAGUUUCGUAACGGGUUUAUCGGCCUUAUUUUCCAACACAUUAAAACGUUUCUUAAGUCCACUGUUAAAUAAAACUUUUCAUAAUAUUUUGGGUAUGAGUACAUUUGUUGUAGCUCUAGUUGCUCAAUAUUAUGGUUAUAAUACUGGUCUAUUUACUCGUAAUGUACCCACAAAAGAUUUUGUUAUAUUAAUGAAAUGUUUAACAUUAAUAUCAGCUGUUCUAACGUCUCUGGGUCCCUUGAAGACGUUGAUCUAUAAACUGAAGGUGGUUAUUAGUCAGUAUAGUGUAAAUUAUUGAUUAACACUUCCAAUUUCUGUAUAUGUUAUAUAAAGUCUAAUUUAUUUUGUAUUCUAUUUUUAUAUAUUUUAAUAAUAUUUUGUAUUUAAAUAAAAUUCUACUAAAA